AUGUCGCGAUACAAUAUGGACAUUGACAUGAACUUAAAUCUCACAAAUAAUAAUAAUAAUACGUUUCGAAUACAACAUUACGCUAAUCAAUUUACAACAUACUUGCAAAAUGAAAAUUAUGAUCUUUUAGCUAAACUGUUGAGCAUAAAUGGGGAGCAUUCAAAAAAUCUUGCGAGAGCUCUUGACAGUGGAAUCGCACGUUAUGAAGAUGUUCAAUAUAAUUUCACGAAACCGUGGUCUGACAUAAUAGCUUCACACUUUAAAGUUCUAUUAUCAUAUUAUAGACGAGAGUAUAUUAAUGCAUUUAAUGCUCAACUCGCUUUAGUAAACCUUUUUUCAAGGGAAGCUUUUACGAAUUCGAAUCUACACAUAUUUUACGUGAUGAAUUGGGAUUUGAGAAAAGUUGCUAUUGAGGCUGACAAAGAAUUAAGGCAAUCAGGCCAAAAACCUAAAUAUCUCGAAGAGACAGGACGUGUCUUGAACAAAUCUUUUAGUAUAUGUGUGACGGACAGAGCACCAAAGAAUGCAUCACGGCAAUGGGGAACUUAUUAUAUUGCGAAUUUAUUGAUUAAGACACAUCACAAGCUUGGCCACGAGAAUCUUUGUAAAAAUGUUUUGCGAGGUGUUAACUCUGCGGACUUACCACCGCUUGAAGCUUACCCUAAAGCACAUCAAAUUACUUUUAAAUACUACAAUGGUCUGCUCUGCUUUGCAGAUCAGCAGUAUGCACAGUCCGAAGAAUUCUUAAAGGGAGCCUUUAGAAUAUGUCCUAUUUCAUAUACAAGGAAUAAAGAACUGAUUCUGCGUUAUUUGAUACCAGUUUGGAUGAUUAGGGGAGUUCUUCCUACAAAUACAUUAAUCGAUCGUUAUCCUAGACUCAAGCUAUUAUAUUCUCCAUUCAUAAAUGCCAUUCGGACAGGGAACGUCAAAGCUUUCGAUUUAGCUUUUGCAAACGCAGAACAUAUAUUAAUCGAACAUGGAACUUAUUUAACAAUUGAAAAGGCUAGAAUGGUCUCUGUAAAGAAUUUAUUCAAAAAAGUUUGGAUUCAUAACAACGAGGUUUCAAAACUCCCAAUGUCCCAAUUCUCAGCUGCGUUGAGAUUUGCCGGAAUAGAUGCCGAUAUGGCAGAAGUUGCCUGGACUUUGUCUGUGAUGAUUCACAAGGGGUUUAUCAAAGGAUAUUUAUCGCAAUCGAAACUGAUGGUUGUUUUAAGUACCAAAGAACCUUUCCCAUCACAAGUUAAUGUUUGA